GUACGAUUAGCUAACCACGCAGCUGCAAUAAACCUGAACAAUCAGCCUGAAUUUCUCAACAAUGGAAUUCAUGCCUCACAUCUAACCACAAAUACUAGCUGAUCCAUCUCCAUCAUGGAUCACAGUAGGGAGAAUCUCCUCAAUGGAGCCGACCGUGCAUCCUUUGACACAAGCGACGAUUCCGAUGCUUACUCUGACAUCGACGCUACUGAUUAUCUCAACAAGAAUAAGAAUGCCCAAUCUGACGCUGCGGGUAAACGGCGUCUACGAUAUCUCAGAAGCUGGCGCGCAAAGAAAUGCUGCUUCACCGUGAUUGGCACUCUCAUAGUUGUUUGGCUCGUCAUAUCAGCUAUUGGAGCAUUUGCCUGGAAAAAGACAAAGACACCACCCGUUGAGGGAGACUCACCACCAUGGUACCCCAGUCCAAAAGGCGGUACUUCCCAGAAUUGGGCAAAGAGUUAUGAUCAGGCUGCUGAGCUGGUUAGUAAAAUGACCUUGGCUGAAAAAGUCAAUAUUACUACUGGAACAGGAUGGAGUAUGGGUUUAGCAGUCGGCACGACUGGCGCCGCCAACAACGUCGGAUUCCCAGCGUUGGCAUUGCAAGAUGGACCUCUUGGAAUACGAUUCGCGGAUAAUGCAACUGCCUGGCCAGCUGGUAUUACCGUUGGUGCCACGUUCAACAAGAAAUUGAUGUAUGAGCGUGGACGAGCUCAUGGGAAAGAAGCAAAGGGCAAAGGUGUCAAUGUUAUUCUUGGACCGGCCAUCGGACCCCUGGGAAGAGCACCCGCUGGUGGGAGAAACUGGGAGGGCUUUGGUCCAGAUCCUUAUCUGCAGGGCGUUGCUGGUGCUGCGACGAUUAAGGGGAUACAAGAUUCUGGAGUCAUGGCGACGAUCAAGCACUUUAUCGGAAAUGAGCAGGAACAUUUUCGGCAGGCAUGGGAAUGGGGUCUUCCGAAUGCUAUCUCAUCCAACAUUGAUGAUCGCACGCUACAUGAGAUUUACGGAUGGCCGUUCCAAGAUGCUGUCAAGGCUGGUGUUGCGAGUGUUAUGUGCUCGUAUAACAUGGUCAACAACUCGUAUGCCUGCCAGAACUCAAAGCUUUUGAACGGCAUUCUCAAAGAUGAGAUGGGAUUUCAGGGUUUCGUCGUGUCGGAUUGGUUGGCUCAGAGAUCUGGUGUCGCGAGUGCUCUUGCUGGGUUGGAUAUGAGUAUGCCGGGAGAUGGACUCAAAUGGGCUGAUGGCGAAUCACUCUGGGGCCCUCGACUCACGCAAGCUGUUCUGAACGGAUCGCUGCCGGUGGACCGACUGAACGACAUGGCGCUUCGAAUUGUCGCGUCUUUCUACCAGCUUGGUCAGGAUAAGGAUGAGAAUAAGGGUCCGAACUUUUCAUCGUGGACUUAUGACAAGAAAGGGAAACUCGCGCCUGGAAGUCCCUCACCUCAAGAGGAGCAGGUAGUCAACCAGUACAUAAACGUGCAGGAAGAUCACGCUGAGUUGGCCCGUCAAAUUGCCAUUGAAGGUACAGUUCUGCUCAAGAAUGACGGCGUGCUUCCCCUAAGCCGCGAGGGCAACUUGGCCAAUCAACCCGAAAAGAGGAAGGGAAAGAUCAAGAUCGGUAUUUUCGGCGAUGAUGCUGGCCCUGGAAAGGGACUCAAUUACUGCCCUGAUCAAGGCUGCAAUGAAGGUACCCUCGGAUCAGGCUGGGGCAGCGGCGCAGCUGACUUCCCAUUCCUCGUUACUCCCGUCGAGGCGCUGCGAAAGAAUUUUAAGAAAGACAAAGUUCAAGUCAGCGAACAUCUCUCCAAUAAGAUCAAAGACCCAAAGAAGGUUACAGAGCAGGACGUUUGCUUAGUCUUUGCCAACUCGGACGCAGGCGAGGGAUAUUUAUCAUGGAACAGCGUUCGAGGUGACCGCAACGAUCUCAACUUGCAGAAAGGAGGCGAUGCGCUGAUCAUGGAGGUCGCGAACCUUUGUGGCGAUGGAACAGGCACGACUAUCGUGGUCAUUCAUGCUGUUGGGCCUGUUGUCAUGGAGAACUGGAUCAACCACCCAAGGAUCAAGGCUGUGCUGACAGCUAAUCUGCCUGGCGAGGAGAGUGGAAACGCUAUUGCUAGCAUUCUUUUCGGCGACGAGAGUCCCAGUGGAAAGCUCCCUUAUACGAUUGGCAAAGCUCUUCCUGAUUACGGCGAAGGCGCUCAGAUCCUGUAUCUUCCCAACGGAGUUAUUCCGCAGCAAGACUUCAAAGAGGGACUGUACAUCGAUUACCGACAUUUCGACAAGCACAGCAAGGACCUUCGAUAUGAGUUUGGCUAUGGAUUGUCAUACACUACCUUUGAGUUCAAGGACUUGAAGAUCUCAGUGAAGGAUGCAGUCGCAGGACUUCCGGCCUCACGUGUUUCGCCUACGAGCGCAAAGCCGCCCAAACUGGAUGAUAAGAUCCCCGAUGUCAAGGAAGGCCUAUGGCCCAAGAACAUUCGCAAACUGAAGAAGUGGAUUUAUCCCUAUAUUGACUCGCCUGAUGAUAUCAAGAAGGGCGACUAUCCCUACCCCGAUGGCUACGAUAUCGAGCAGCCGCCCUCACCGGCUGGAGGUGAAGAAGGUGGUAACCCCGAUCUCUGGAAGACUGUCGUCACUGCCUCCAUUACCGUUAAAAAUACAGGCUCCGUGGAUGGCAAGGCUGUUCCCCAACUUUACCUCUCGUACCCCGCGACAUCAAAGGUUGACCAUCCCGUUCGCGUUCUCCGUGGUUUUGAGAAAGUUGCUCUGAAGAAGGGCGAGAGCAAGAAGGUUGAGUUUGAACUGACGAGGAGGGACUUGAGUUACUGGGAUGUGGAGGAGCAGAAUUGGAGAGUCACGGAUGGAGAGUUUACGAUUGCGGUGGGAGAGAGUUCGAGGAAUUUGAAGGCGACGGGUACGUUCAAGUCUGAUGGUACCCCAGGCAAUUUGAUCAUAGAGGGUUAGCAACAUUGUAUGCUUGACUAGUCGGCACUUGGACAAGAAUAUCGCGAAGUGAAAACAAAAUGAUUCAUUAUCGCAAUCAAUUUCAUUACUUUUUUAUCAACAUCUAAUUAUACGCCCUCAAAAACUCCACCAGAGCCAUCAUAGCC